GUCAGGAUGUUACAAAUAUUUAGCCUUACUGGAUAGACUGGUAGCUAUAAUGGGCCUGAGGCCCAAAAUGAAUGAGCGUUUACAAAGCAAUCAAGGCGUCCAAAAAUCGAGAGGCAGUGUUAGGCCCAAAACGAAACAAAAAGGUAAAACGACGGUGUUAAUCGGAAGCGGCGUUAAAUGUUAAAUGUUAAAUGUUAAAUGUUAAUCCUCCAAAUUCCAAUUCAUCCAAUUCGAAUGCAUCGUGAAGAGAAAUCUUUGGAGCCUAAACUAAAAUUCGCGGUUAGCAGUUAGCAGUAGACGAUUCACUGAAGCCUCAGCAUCAGCAUAAUGAAAACCCCAGCUUCAGGUUUCUACAGAAACCCCGUGAAGUUCAGAAUGCCGACUUCGGAGAAUUUGGUGCCGAUUCGAUUGGACAUAGAAAUCGACGGUCAGCGAUACAAAGACGCUUUCACUUGGAACCCUACCGAUCCUGAUUCCGAGGUCGUACUCUUCGCCAAGAGAACCGUUAAGGACCUGAAACUCCCUCCCGCUUUCGUCACCCAAAUUGCACAAUCCAUUCAGUCUCAGCUCGCCGAUUUUCGUUCCUAUGAAGGCCAAGACAUGUAUGCCGGCGAGAAAAUUAUUCCUAUCAAGCUUGAUCUCCGUGUAAACCAUACUCUCGUGAAGGACCAGUUCUUAUGGGACUUGAACAAUUUCGAGAGUGAUCCUGAAGAAUUCGCCAGAAUCUUCUGCAAAGACAUGGCCAUUGAAGACCCCGAGCCAGCAAUUGCCUUUGCUAUAAGAGAGCAGCUUUACGAGAUUGCAAUUCAAAGUGUGGUUUCAGCAAGAGAAAGCAGAUUGAGCAAGAAGGGUCGUCGAGGGGCUGAAUAUGCUCCAGUCAGCAAAGGAGGUGCUGUGGCAGUGGACUUGGUCAAGUUAUUUGGCCCAAAAUCUAGUGUAGUUCGGAAAAGAAAGGAAUGGGACGUGUAUGAACCUAUCGUGGACCUUCUUUCCAAUGAAGAAGUUGAUGCCCUUGAAGCAAAAGAAGAACGGAAUUUCAGGUGAAUUGACAAGCAUUGCUUAUUUAGAAGAGUAGUAUAGUUCUAUUGAAACCUAUAUUAGUUAGAGGGAAUCAUUACCAAGUUAUUAUUGUACUGUGUGGAAGUUGGUUUCGUAGAAUCAGAAAAUCAACGAGUCAGCAUGUGUUAUCAUAUUAGGUUGUAUCAUUUCUUCAUCUUCAUUCUGUGUACAAAGACACUAAUCAGUAAUCAGCAUCAAGGCCAAAUUAAAAAAGAAAAUUAAUUACAUCUUAUUAGCAUAGUAUCUAGGGUAAAUUACAUUGAUCUUCUACGAUACUGAACAAUAUUACACAAGUAGUCUUAUCUACCAUACAAUUUAAGUUAUAUGACACUUGAUACUUCCUUUUAUAAAAGUGAUGUUGGCCUUC